AUGACGAGCCAUGUGCGGCACUUCGUUCUGACCGGCGAUGGCCGGAUUCGUGAAUUCUCUGCCGAGCUGGCCGCUCGUGUCGCAGGCGGUGCGAGCCCGAUGCCGGAAUUCGCCGACGCCUGUGUGCGCUAUCUGCAGCUCACGCUUGAUGACGAAGCGGAAACCGAGACCGAGAUCCGCAUCCAGAGCGCGGGGGCGAGCAUUCGCUUCGACGCCGAAGGCCGGCUGCUGGAAGCCGGCCCUGCGAAGCCCGAGGAGCAGAUCAGCGGCUUCGAACACGACGCUGUCGUGCAAUGGGUGCUACGUGAUCGGCCGCAACCGCGAGACGGUGGCGGAGACUUGCUGAAAGAUGCGAGUACGUCCGUUGCCGGCCUGCGGCUUUCUUUCAUCGAUUCCCUGUCUUCACUCGCCGCCGACGACUGGGACACGUUGUUCGAAGGCUAUUCUCCGUUCGUCCGAUACGCUUACCUCGCCGCGCUUGAGCGUUACGGCUGUGUGGGCUCGGAGACCGGUUGGCGCCCCUUUCAUCUGAUCGCGACGGAUGACACGGGGCAGCUCGUCGGAGCGGUUCCGCUCUAUCUCAAAGCGCACUCCUACGGCGAGUUCGUCUUCGACUUCGGCUGGGCCGACGCCAGUCGCCGGCUUGGUGAGCCUUACUACCCCAAGCUGCUCAAUGCGAUUCCGUUCACGCCCUCGGUCGGCCCACGCAUCGGCGCCGUUUCAGCUGCGGUCAGGACGGUGCUCGUCGAUACGCUCAAGCAACAACUCAAUGAGCUUGGGGUGUCCUCGGUCCACGGUUUGUUCGCUGCCGAUACCGACGCGAGCGCCUUCGCCGAUUCAGGCUGGCUGCAACGCACCGAUUUGCAGUUUCAGUGGUUUAAUCAGGGCGAUACCGACUUCGCCGGCUUCGUUUCGAGACUCGCCGGCGACAAGCGCAAGAAGAUUCUGCGCGAACGCCGCCGGGUGGCCGAAGCCGGCAUUCACUUCGAAUGCCGUCCCGGCGAUGCGCUCAGCGAGUCCGAGUGGAUGAGCGUUUACGCGCUCUAUGCGAACACCUACGAAGAACGCGGCCAGGCGCCCUACCUGACCCCUGAAUUCCUGCUCGAUUACGGCGGCACGGCGGGCACGCCGAUGCGCGUAAUCCUGGCCUACGAAGGCCCCCGCCUCGUCGCCGCCGCCCUGACCCUGCAGGCCGGCGAUACCCUUUACGGACGUCACUGGGGGGCGGCCGAUCACUAUCACAGCCUGCAUUUCGAGUGCUGCUACUACCAGGGAAUCGAGCUCUGCUUGCGCCAGGGCCUGCAGCGCUACGACGCCG